AUGGCACAAAGAGUUCGUGAUUAGAUCGGACUAUGAAUCCUUGAAGCACUUGAAGAGUCAAUCGAAGCUAAACAAGAGGCAUGCAAAGUGGGUGGAGUUCAUAGAAACAUUCCCUUAUGUGAUCAAUUAGAAACGAGGUGAGGAGAAUGUAGUAGCGGGUGCUCUUUCUAGAAGAUUUGUAUUGCUCAACACCAUGGCUUCUAGAAUGAUGGGAUUUGAGAGUCUCAAAGGGUUUUAUGCCCAAGAUCCCGACUUCAAGGACAUAUCUGAGGAGUUGACUCAAAGGAAGAGGGUUGACCCGUUCCAAUUAGUUGAUGGGUUCUUGUUCAAGGAUGGUAGAGUGUUUGUUCCUAUGAGCUCAUGGAGAGAGCUAUUUGUCAAAGAAGCUCAUAGUGGUGGAAUGAUGGGACACUUUGAUGUGUCCAAGACGCUUGACAUCCUCAUGGAACAAAUCUAUUGGCCCAAAAUGAAACAUGAUGUGGAGAAGCUUUGCAGACAAUGCUUGGAAUGCAAGCAAUCAAAAUUGAAGACUCGUCCUCAAGCAGGUCAGCAACUAAUGGCAAGGCCAAAAUCGGUACCUGUUCCUAAAACUAAGAAAGGUAGUACGGGUGCCUCACAGGUAAACCAGCUGGAUGAAGAUAGUUGGAUAAUAGUCAAGAAGCAGAAAGUUACAAUUUUGGUCCCACCCCUACCUGCACCUAAGCAGUCCGUGGUGCAUAAUGCUGGAGAAAGCUUGCUACAUGUACCCACAAUUAAACCGACUGAUACUCAACCAAAUCAAGUUGAGAUGCAUACUGAAGCACACGUAGUUUGUGAAAGGGAGGUGCCAAAGUCCUUGGCACCUGAACUUGCUCUACCAACAGUUGCCAAAGUAGUUCCACAGAUAAUUUCUCAGUUCCCAAGACCAUUGAGGCAAAGUGAGAGGGAGCGUUUAGAAAGUCGACCAAUGCCUAGUUUCAGAACUAAUAGAACCACUGGUGUUUGCUCCACCUCUAAGAUUACCAAGCUAUCAAUUAUCACUGCUGAUAGGGGUGCGAUGAUAAAUAAAAGAAUUAGAGCAAUUAAUCUUGAGCGCAAGCUUGAAAGUGCUGGAGGCUUGAGACGUUGGCUGGUUUCUAGGGGAUUUGAUCAUUUUGUCAAAAUCUUUCAGACCAAGAGCAUCAAUAAGUAUCAGUUGGCUAAUCUGACCAUGGAAAAGCUCAAGGAGAUGGGUUCACAUGCUGUGGGUCCUCGGAGAAAACUGAUACAUGCUAUUGACUGCCUUUGUCAUCCAUGCUGUUUUGACCAUCCAUGAUCUUACGAGAUGAGAUGACCAUUGUCAAUGAGAUGCUACUACACACUGAUGAGGCAUGUGUAACAAGAGUUGUAAAUAUGUUGUAAAUUUUCAGAUAUUUGAUUUGGUGCCACUUGCCUGUAGUAGUAUAACAGAAUGCAAUUGAACCACCUAACAGAAAAAUCAACCCCCGCCCCCCCCCCU